AUGGCUGAGGAGAUGUCUGCUCUUCAUGCCAAUGGUACUUGGGAUCUUGUCCUGAAAACUCGGCUGGUUGCUAAGGCUUAUACUCCGGUUUAUCGUGUUGAUUACUUUGACACCUUUUUCUCACUUGCCAAGAUUACUUCAGUCCGAUUACUUAUUGCUUUAGCAGCUAUAUCUCACUGGCCUUUGCAUCAACUUGACAUAAAAAAUGCAUUCCUGCAUGGUGAUCUUGAAGAGGAGGUUUAUAUGGAGCAACCUUCAAGGUUUGUUGCUCAAGGGGAGUCAGGUUGUAAAGACGUUCGGGAGCUGGGAGGGCCUAUCGUGAGGAAACUUUCCUUUUUCACAGUAGGAAAAGGUAAAGGGGGAAUAGCGUAUGUCCAUGGUGAUCAAGGCAGAGCGACUCCUUCUUUAAAAGAGGUUGGUUUUCCCAUUUUCGUUAAAGAAAAAAUAAGAGCUCUUGGUUUGGCCGAUGUCGAUUCGUAUGGCAAUGCGGACUCGACUCAGGAUGAGGAUUCCGCUUUUCAUAAUGCUGCUAUGAGCCGAAAGAGCUGGGAAAGGGGCAAGCUAAAACCAACUCCUAAAAAGUUGUUGGAUCGAAGUAUUUCGAUCAUUCCUCAUCCGCCCGCUAGCUGUAGAGGGGGUUCGAUUCCCGUUAUACGCGAUGUGGCGAAAAAGACGGAUUCAACAAGAUAUGCCUUGCCUGCAUUAAGAUUUCAAACUUGUCGUCUACUUUUAGGAAAUGUUCGGAACAGAGAACUUACAAUAAUACAACGCCGCAUUCUCCGAAAAUUGAGAAAGAAGAAGAGAUCUAUUAAGAGAAAGAUUUAUCCGAGAGAAAAUCUUAAAAGUUACAUCCAAUCACAAACUACACGAAAGUUGCCCCCUUUUCAUGGGGCUUUACCCAUCACAGAGAUGCACAGAGGAACAGAAAAAAUUUCUUAUAUCCCUUUUCCACUCAAUCCAGAAACAAGAUCGAACGUUAUUUCAAUUCGUCUCAAUUUUUGUAAAAUUAUUCCUUAAGCAAGGCAGCUGAUAAGUUAUCGAAAGGUUUGUGUGAAUAAAGGAAUGGUCAGCAUUACUCAUUUUCAAGUUUCCCACAGUGAUCUAAUAUCUUUUCAAAAAAAUGACGCGAGACUACGCAGUGAAGAAUUAAGGAGAUCUUUCUAUAUCGAAAUAUCAGUUGAAAAAAUCAUAGGAAAAUUCCUGGAUCACCCGGUAAGAAUGUGGAGAAGAACUAAAACAGAAUGGUUCCACCUACUCAAAACUAAGAGGGGAUGCUGCCUACCAAAAUCUUAGUUUUUGCAAUAGUUACGUGCUUCAAUGCAAGAAGAAGACUUAAAAAGAACAAAGAAGUUUGGAUCAAUAGAAUUAUGCUUAGGCAGUUCCAUCACUGAGCACAACAGAAUGAAGAGGAAUUUGUAUCAUUUUCAAUCCCUAUUCUUAUCGAAUAGAAGGAACGAGAAAAACCGAAAUCUUCCUACUCGAACAAGAAGUCCUAUAGUUUACAACUUCUUAAUCAGUAAUUCGACCUCGUGCUCUGCAUCCCCCCAUCAGUUUAUUAUGAAGAGGAAAAUCAAAAGGAUCAAACUACCUAUUAAUUAUUUGGAGGUGAAUCAUAGAGUAUUAAAAGUUGUGGUAUUUCACAUCCCUCACGACAUAAGAUUGAAAGAUCCAAACCUUCCUCUUCGGAGCGGAAACGGACGUGGCCAAAACAUAUAAAGAUCGCG